AUGUUGGCCGGCGUGGCGUUCUGGGAUGCAGUGGAUGAAGUCCAGAAGGACCAGAUGCUCCACGACCAGUUCGGCAAGAAGAACUUGAUCUACAUGUUGACUUCAGCGAUGUACUGGGAGGCUCUGGACGGCACCACGUGGAUGCAACUCCAGGCUCCCGGUCUGACAAGAAUCCCAGUUCCCUGGCGGACCCUGCCCAAGAAACCAAGCGCAAGCGACAAUGACUCGGAUUCCUCGUUCAUGUCUGUGCUGUCCUCAGAGGACACUGAUGACAACGACGGCGACCAGAGUUACCACGGGUCGAAGGCCAAGGCUCCCAGCUCCAUCAGCACCAGAUCUCAGAGUUCUCCAGCAGACAAAAAGCGACAACGGAGUUCGACGUCUUCUGGGGGCAGCUCAGUGACCAAACGCCAGCACUCAGCCUCAGGGACCUCCGUGACCUCAGCUGACCCUGAGCCAGACGAAGCUGAGACUCCUGAGGAAGGUGUCGACAAUGACAUCAUCGAGGCUCCCAAGAGAGGAAGCUGGUUUCACAACGGCAUCCGAGUCCAGAAGCUGCACCACCAGACGAUCGGUUUCCCAGCUUACAUGCCGUCCAAGACGGGGAUCGAGCAGCUCCACAAGCGCAUCGAGUACGCGUAUUAUCUGGAGCUGCUCAGAUCAGACUCCUGGGACGACAUGUGGGAUGGCCGAGUUGACUUCCUCGUCUACCACACGUAUGCAGAACUCACUCCUGAGAUGUGCGAAGCGGUCGUCGUAAUUGCUGGGCUUAUGAGUGCUUGGCGUCGAGCGUAUUGGGAGCGACUCCACUGGUAUCCGUUCCCGUCCAAGAUCGACUACGUUCAGCUCACCAAGGAACUGGGCCUGCCUGAGCUGGCCACCGUCUACCGAGAGCUCAAGGACCGUGCCCAAGAGUUCGAGCUUCGUCGCAGGAACUUGAUCGACCAGCUCAGGGGCGUCAAGGGUUACUCGGAUCGGAUCUGGUUCGAGCCCGGACUCUGGGAUGUGCCCAAGGAUCCGUGCCACUAG